AUGCAGCAACUGAAAAUACCCGGGAACGCGAACAUGGACAAGGAACACGCCCUCGAGGAAAUGAUGGGGAAGCUGGGUGAUUUUGGAAAAUACCAGGGGUUCCAGUUCUUCUUGCACGUCCUGGCAGCUCUAACGGCGGGGCUUCACAUGCUGUCCUUGGUCACUGUGGCGGCUGUACCCGAACACAGAUGCGCCCUGCCGGGGAUAGAUAGCUCAAAUUACACAGCGCCGUGGAAUUCCUCUCUAGUCCUUGACGCUAUACCGUUGAACGAUCAUGGAAAGCUGGAGUCCUGCGUUAUGUACGGAGAGAACAGAACGCUAGAAACAUGCACAUCUUGGGUAUAUGAUACACAGUAUUUUUCAUCCUCCCGAGGAAUCGAAUGGGAUUUCGUGUGUAGUAGGCGCUGGAUGGGUGCGGCGGCGCAGACAGGUUACAUGUUCGGUGUCGUCAUAGGAUCCGUUGUACUUGGUCGAAUGUGCGACAAAAUCGGACGAAAAACCGUCUUCGUUUGGGCCGGGAUACUCCAGCUAAUUUUCGGUGCGUCAGUUGCAUUCUCAACUGACUACUACAUGUUCAUAGCUAUACGUUUCCUAUACGGUAUAUUUGGGUCCGGAUCUUAUAUCGCAGGCUUCGUGUUAACGAUGGAAUUAGUGGGGCCAAGCAGACGCACGUUAUGCGGUGUCACCUUCCAAGUUAUGUUUGCGAUCGGCAUAAUGCUUCUAGCCGCAUGGGGAUACCUUAUAGAUAAUAGAUUUUAUCUGCAAAUACUCUACGGCUUACACGCCGUCAUACUUUUGCCGCAUUGGUUCCUAAUGGACGAGUCUCCGCGGUGGCUGUGGACGCAAGGCCGAGCUCGAGAAUGCGUCGCUAUAAUUAAAAAGGCUUUGAAAAUGAACAAAUCCACUGAAAACAUAGACGCGUCGUCACUCGUCUCGCAAUGUAAGGCGAAGAGCGCUAAAUAUGCAAAUGAGGAACCGUCAGGCACCGCUGACCUUUUCAAGACGCCAAAUAUGCUGAGAAAGACCUUGAUUAUAUGUGGCUGCUGGUUCGCCAACUCGGUGGUUUAUUACGGCCUCUCGUUGAACACUGGAAAGUUGAACGGCAAUCCUUAUUUAAUAUUUUUCUUGAUGGGUGUGGUGGAAAUGCCUAGCUAUGUCAUUAUUGUGUUUUAUUUGGAUCGAGUCGGUCACAGGGCGCUUAUAAGUGCGAUGAUGUUGUUCGGCGGAAUAUCGUGUUUAGUUGUGGUCGCAUUACCACAUGGAUCAAUGGCCGCGACGGCUGUCGUGAUGGUGGGAAAGUUGUUCAUUUCUGGGUCCUACUCUAUUAUUUACAAAUACUCCGCCGAAUUAUUCCCCACGGUGGUUAGAAGUUCUGGCGUCGGUUUGGGAAGUAUGUGCGCGAGUGUGUCUGGCGCUCUAACACCUUUGAUAAGUCUUCUGGACACAUUAAACCCUAAAAUACCGACUAUCCUGUUUGCAUUCUUGGCUCUUUUGUCAGGUUUUUCUACAUUUUUCCUUCCCGAAACGAUCGGCAGAGAUUUGCCUCAAUCGAUCGAUGACGGAGAGAAGUUUGGUGUUGGAGAUAAUUGUUUUACAAAUUGCAGCGGCAGACGCAUGAGCCAAGAGUCAGUUGAUAUACCUGAAACUCUGGUGCCAUUAGAUGGUACAGAGAAGAAGCAAUAA